AUGGCGACCGAUACAGGUAGUGGAAGAGGAAAAGGUGGAAAGGGUGUCGUUCUUGGAAAGGGUUCGAAAGGGGCCAAAGGCUCGAAGGGAGGAAAGAGAAUCAGAACCAAACCAGGACAACAAGACGCUCUUAAAGGUAUUACCAAGCCAGCUAUCAGAAGACUUGCUCGUAGAGGUGGUGUGAAGAGAAUUAACGGACUUGUUUAUGAGGAAACUCGUAACGUCCUCAAGCAAUUCUUGGAACAAGUCAUAAGAGAUUCGGUCACUUACACAGAGCAUGGGAAGAGAAGAACAGUGACUGCUAUGGAUGUCGUAUAUGCGCUUAAAAGACAGGGCAGAACCCUUUAUGGCUAUGCUUAA